UCUCCUCUCAGUAUGUCCCACAGCUGCUGUUCUGGAAGGUUCUCCUCUAGAUCCUAUGGGGGUCAACUGCACUAUCCCUACUCCUCCUGUGGCUCUUCCUACCCCUGCCACCUGAUUUACAGCACUAACUUCUGCUCUCCCAGAACCUACCAUCUGGGCUCCUCUCUCCACAGCGGCUGUCGUCAGAGCUGCUUCCGGCCCAUCAGAUGCCAGACUUCCCAUGUAGUGCACAGCUCCUGCCAGCGGCCCUGCUACAGCUCCAGGGUUUCCAGCCUCUGCAGCCCCUGUAGGACCACAUAUUCUGGCUCUCAGCACUUUGGGUCCAGCAGCUGUCACUCUCUUGGCUACGGGUCAAGAAGCUUCUACACCUCAGGCUGUGGCCUCAGUGGCUUCAGACCUGUGAGUUAUGGAGUCCGCGGCUACCCUUCCUUUGGUUAUGGAUCUGGAUUCUGCCACCCAACCUAUGUGACAUCUAGAAACUUCCAUUCUUCUUGUCACAGGCCAACCUGUGGAUCAGCCAUCCAGAGAUCAAGUUGCUGAACUUCUUCAUUAUAAGUGAAUUGUCUGAGUUAGCACAAUGCUUUUCCAGUAAGACUAACUAAUCUCUCUCUGCAUCCUUUCUCUGGCAACACUAGGUCUAUUCAACUAAGAAAUGAAUGACUAACCAAAUACAAAUUCAAA